UUCAAAAUAAAACCAACAAUGAUAGGCAAGGGUGCCUUUGGAACAGUCUUUAGGGUAGUUGACACGGACAGCCCGGAUGAAGAAAAGUUUGUUGCAAAGAAAAUAGAACCAAGUACAGCAGUAGCAAUGGAAAUAUGUAUAAAGGAGACAAAAUUUUUAUUAAAAGCAAAACACGAAAGAAUUGUUCAGUUUCACGGCUUUCAAAAAACAAAGGAUGCAUUCUUUAUAUUCUUAGAAUAUUUGAAAAACGGCACUCUGGAAGCGUAUAUUUCCAAAAGAGGAAAUUUAAGCGAAGAAUUGACGCGGCACUUUACUGUUCAAAUUCUGGAGGGAGUGGAUUACUUGCAUAAAAACUACAUUCUCCACAGAGAUAUUAAAGGUAACAACAUCUUAAUGGUAGACGACAUGAACAUCAAGUUAACUGAUUUUGGAAUUUCUGAAAUUAUUGAUGACAAUGGAGUGGCAACAGAGAUAGGAACAGUUCGAUAUAUGGCCCCAGAAGUGAUUUACACGGAUGGCGGCAAGAUAAUAAACUACACAAGUAGAGCUGAUAUAUGGAGUGUUGGCUGUACAGUUGUAGAGAUGUUGACAGGAAAACCACCAAACUCGUCACUUUUGACAUGCCAGAUUCCCGUACAGACGGUCGUGUUUGGUGCACCACCAAGAUAUCAACUGCCUCAAUCAUCUUCUGGUUUAUUACUGGCAUUUUUAGACAGGAUUUUUCAAAGAGAAUCUAAGCUUAGACCAACAGCUGAAUGGUUGCUGAAUAAUGAACCAUUUAUAACAGAAAACCACGAAAACAAUGCGUUCAUUGUGAAAACUACGUUAGCUGAGAUUGAUGAAAAAUUUAAACUUGAUCAUUCAGCUAAAGAAAUUAACUUAGUUGAACCAUCUGAGUUAUCUAAAGACGAUCAGUUAGUUGAAAAUGAUCACUUAUUUGGAGAAAUUGAUGGCAUUGAACUAUCUGAAAUAGUUAAAAGAAAUAUUUAAAACGAAUCAUUUAUUUAAAAAAUUAAAAGACGGCAGUGACUUGAAACAAUAGUUGAAGACGUCCAGUUGAUUGAAAACUAUCCGGUAUUUAAAGUAGAUCAGUCAGCUGAAAACUAUCAAUUAGUAGAAAUAGAUCAAUUAAAAAGAUCUAAUCUUCAUCAGAAAAAGAUAAUCCAAUAGAAUAAUAAUUAAAAAAAACACGUUAUUGAAAUAACUCGGUUAGUUUUAGAAGACCAGUACAAUAAAAGAUAUGUUUACGUUUAUGACAUUUUCGACAAGUUUUUUGCUACAGCGCAUCAAAACAAAAAAACAGCAACAAAUUAACUGGUUAGGUAUCUAUAUAUAUAAUUCUCUUCUUCGAGCCGUUAGAAAACAAGCUGCAAACGCUCUCCCUACCUCCCCACCCCUACAUGGUUUUAGUGAGCUGUGUUCACACUAAAUGUUUACAAGC